AGUAAAUGAAGGUUUUCAUUUCUCAAUUCUUCAAUAAUAUAAAUAGGUUUUUACAAACAUUCGCACUGAAAUAUGUUAACAGCAAAGUUAACAUUACCAAUAUUCCACAGUUAAUAUAUCAAUCCACUUCAGAGCUUUCAAAUUGUUAAAAGUGUGGUGAGGGAUAUUUUAAAGAAUUUUUGGAGAAAAAUAUGUUACAACUAGUGGUUAAAAUUUACUUACUUCUUACAACACAAUUUAUCCAAACAGUGACUAUCCCUGUUCAGAAGUUACCACAAGAUAUACAGGAUUUUGUUCAGCAGAGUUACUUCCUGAAGGAAGGAUUCUACUCCUUUAUUAUUGUCCACCCACGACAUGAAGACGGAGGAGAUUUAAGGCCUUUCCAUGCAAACAUUCUAAAAAAAUUUACCAAAAGGGAACUAAUUCUUCAUCUCACUGUCGAUGAAGAAUCUUUAGUCAUAAAAUUGACACCAAAUGUUUCAGUACUCCAUCCUAACACUGUGGUUAGCUUUGCAGAUGGUUCUAAAGAAGAACUUGUGGAUAUGAAAGACCUGAAAUCUUGUUAUCUUAUUGGGAAUAUCAUCUCACAUGGAGGCUUGGCUACUUUCUCACAUUGUGGAGAAAUAUUAGAAGGAGCUAUGAUGAUAAAUGGAACUGAAAUGUUGGUGAAAAGUUUGCCCCAACAUCUUAUUCAUCGCCAUCGAAGAUCAGCUUUUGACCAACCAAUUCUAAUUGCAAAGAGACAAAUGAAUUACUCAACUGGUUAUAUUAAAACAGAUCCUAUCUCACCAGAAAACAAGGAGAUUUACAAGAAAAUAUUCAAAAGAUCAGAAGGAUUAACAAAUUUGACAGUAGAAAUUGCUGUUUACGUAGAUUCUAUUUUAACAAAGUCUCUGGAAGAGGAACAUCAUUUGACGUCUUUGCAACAGAAGAUAGAUUUUGUGAUCAUCAAAUAUAAUGCUGUUCAGUAUGAAUUCUGGAAAGAGAAACUUAGUGAUCUCCAUAUCAUCAUUCAAGUAAAGAAGAUUGUCUUCUUUGUUAAAGACCCGGAUCCGCAGGAUCGCAGAAUUCGAAGACCCUUUUCCUCCAUGCUAGUCAUCUUCUGGGCAUCCACUUAGCCCUGAUCCUGAAGUCACUAACUACCAGUCUAUGUUGUGGGGUACAUUCUUCACCUGGGAAGGUUUUGGCAUUUAUAAGCAGCCAUCUUUCCCUUUUUCUGGUGAGGAUGUAGUCAAUUUGGCUAGUGUGUCUGCCAGAAUGGUAGGUGACUGGCAACUUUCCUGAAGUUAGUAUUGCAACCCAGAAGAUCAUUUGCAUCUCAGAACUCCAGCAGCCUGGUUCCCUCCUCAUUGCAGGAACCAAAACCAUAGCCUCCAUGUACGCCAUGGAAGCCCCCUGUAUGUUGUCCAACAUGUCCAUUGAUGUCACCAGCCACAAAGAGAAGGUCCCUGUCAUUCGUCAACGAGGUAGUCUGCAAGAGGGUGUCAUAAAAUCGGUCUUUCUGUCCAGGGCUGGUCAAAGCCUUGUGAGUAAAUUUAGUAGAUGGAAACUGAAAGGAAAUCUGUCAUAUGUGUGUGUGUGUGUGUGUGUGUGUGUGUGUGUGCAUGUGCAAGCAUGUGUGUGUCUUCGUGUCUGUGUUUGCCAUCACUGCUUGACAACUGGUAUUGGUGUGUUUAUGUCCCCAUAAGUUAAAAGUUUGGCAAAAGAGACUAAGAGAAAAAAAAAAAGACAGGCUUUAAGUACAAAAAGUAUUGGGGUCGAUUCUUUUGACUAAAAUCUUUCAAGAUGGUAUCCCACCAUGGCCACAGUCUAAUGACUGAAAAAAGUAAAAGAUUAAAGAUAAAGAUAUAUAUACAAAUAUACAUAUGUAUGUAUGUCUCUCUCUCUCUCUC